AUGGCUGGACGAGGUCUGCAGGCGCUCCGUCGUGCAGUGCUGUCGCGUGACCAGCGCCCCGGCGCGCGGCGAGUGGCACUAUGCUGGUCACUCAGGUCCUUCUCUGCGUCUGCUACUUCUGCUGCUGCCGCUGCUUCUCCAGCGGCGGUACCGACGCGGUCGGCCACCGAGUGGCUGGCCGAUAUCCAGCGCGUGGCUGCGAGGGACGUCCCGAUCAAACGGUCAAAGCUCUCGUCGUACCUCAAGUCAGUGACGACGAGUGAAGAGCUGGAGAAGGCGAAGGAGAUUCUGAAGAUCUACGAGAAGAAGCGCGUGGAUCCAGACGCGACGGCUGCGGGAGUGUUUGUGAAGAAGGCGCUGGAGCUGGACGCGCCCGACGUGGUGCUGGACGUGCUGGCGGCCAAUCACCGCAUUGGACUGUUCUUGGAGCCAGCGUCGCUGAACAAAGUGCUGUGGACGUUCCUGAAGAAGGGCGAGCUGGACAAGGUCUUUACGCUGCACGAGAUUGGCCAACGCCAGUACAAGGUCAAGAAUACCGACCGCACGUUUGACGUGCUCGUUCGUGCGGCAUUGGAGCAGCAAGACUAUGAAAAAGCCGUCGAGCUGCUCAAGACAGCGGCUGAGACACAAUCGCUGCAGCGUGUGACCUGCAACAAUCUGCUCUUCAAGCUCAAGGACGAAGGGAUGCAGGAUAAGAUCGAAGAGGUGGCAGCGCUCAUGAAGAUGGCGGGCGUCGAGCCGAACGAGACGACCAAGCAGGUCUUGCCGUAG